UAAAGUCGAAAACUCGUGCGUAAUUAAUUAAAGUGGCACAAAGGGGAAGUGGAAAAAGGGAAAUUUUUACUUUUGUUUAACCAACCAAGAUCAAAACUUUCGUUACUCUGAACAUUUUUUCUGUUUGUAUUGCUGUUUGUAAUUUCCGAAAAGUAUACAGAACAAUGGCACAAUACAGAAUACAUGAUCCUGAAGAAUUGCUGGAAUGUCCGUACGACCGAGUACACAUGGUUAGAGCCAAGAGAUUCCAGUACCAUCUAAUCAAAUGUAGAAAGAAUUAUACAGGAACUGAAUAUGAAAAAUGUCCAUUUAAUGCAAAGCAUCAGAUGCCACGGCCAGAAUUCCGCCACCAUCUGGCAAACUGCCCAGACAAGGCAAUGGUUGAACCAGAACUCAAUUAUGCUGCUAGAAGAGAGAAUGGAGAUGAGAAUCUGUUGAAGGGAUGUACAGAUGUUCCUGUCUACAAUGAUAUAGAUAUUGAGUCAGGAGAAGAUUGGGAAGCUGAGGUGUCAGCUCCAGUGAGGGUUGGUCCACAGUAUGACAACAGCUACUUUGAACGUGUUCAGUUUAAAGAUUUGUCAGGAUUCAACAAAAAUCAAAAGGCAAUAAUAAAUGAUAACAGACUUACAACUAAACAGAAAAUGGAGGAGCUAAAUAAUGAGAUACCCUAUCGUAACACAGGACAUAGCGCUGAGGAGGAGAAUCUCCGCCUGCCAAAGACAACCUCAAAGGCUGCGAUGACACGCAAGCCUCAGGUGCCACAGCCAGAGUCAAGCGUAUUUGCCUACAGCAUAAGGCAGAGUCAGGGGCGUGGCCGGGGUAUGGCUUCAUCCAAUCCUGUAACUAAUGGACAUGCACCUGCAGGAAAUGACACUUUUGCACCAACGAUGCCAUAUGGGAGGGGGAUGAGCAUGGGGAAUCUGCCAGUGGGAGGAGCUGUUGGCCGUGGGCGGGGCAUGGUGACUGGUGCAGUAGGCCGUGGAAAUCUAGCCCCUCCUCCAGGUUUUUGUGUCCCAAAAGUAGGAUUGAAUAACCAGGAACCAUGAAGAUUUUAGUGCUUCUUCCAGUUAUCUAAGAUGAUGAAACCUCGGCUGUUCAUAAGCUGUAUUAUAAUUAUACUCUGAAGACGAGCAGGAAUUUCUCUUAAUUGGAGGUCGGGAGAAAUCAUCUUAAAACUGAGUUUUACAUUUAAACUGCUAUGAUUUUAAUUUCAAUCAUCAAAAACUGGGUUGAACCCAGAUGUACAUAUGUUUUAAAAGUUUUUUUAUUACCAUUUCUUACUGUAAAUAAGGUAGUUCAUAAAUAAUGACUCUUCAUUUCAUUUUGCCUAUUUUAGUUACGUUUUCUUCACUUUAUUUCAUUUUGCCUAUUUUAGUUUUGUUUUAUUGUAUUUUAUGUGCUUUUAUAUUAUGUACAUAAAUUGUGGUAAUGUUAAUGAAAA